AUGUGGAGAGAGAAAUCUAUUGCUUCUCUCUCUCUCAUCUUGAUAUUGACCUUUACAGGGCUUGUUGCUGCAGCUGAAGACAAAAAGGACUUCUAUAUUGUUUUUCUUGGAGAUAAUCCAUUGGACACCGUCUCUGCACUACAAACACAUAUAGAUAUUCUCUCGUCCGUGAAGAAAAGCCAUCGUGAUGCGAAGGAGUCUAUCGUCUACAGCUAUACAAAGAGCUUCAAUGCAUUUGCAGCGAAGCUGUCUAAAGCUGAAGCCACUAAGCUAUCACAAUUGGACCAAGUUAUUUCGAUGUUCCCAAAUCGAUAUCACAAACUCCAUACCACCAGAUCAUGGGAUUUUAUUGGAUUUCCUAACACAACACAAAGAAAUUUGAACGUGGAGGGAAACAUGAUUGUGGGUCUACUGGAUACAGGGAUCACUCCAGAAUCUGAGAGCUUCAAGGAUGAUGGCUUUGGUCCUCCACCCGAGAAAUGGAAAGGAACUUGUGACCACUUUGCUAAUUUCUCAGGAUGCAACAAGAAACUUAUAGGAGCUCGAUACUUCAAGCUCGAUGGCAACCCAGUACUCCCCGGCGAUGUCUUAUCACCCAUCGAUGUGAUUGGACAUGGGACUCACACAUCAUCAACUGUAGUAGGCAACCAAGUUCCUGAUGCGAGCCUUUUUGGUCUUGCAAGAGGUGAUGCUCGUGGCGCAGUGCCAGCUGCCAGAGUGGCCAUGUAUAAAGUAUGUUGGAUCGGAUCAGGUUGUGCGGACAUGGACAUACUUGCAGCAGUUGAAGCUGCCAUAGCUGAUGGUGUUGAUAUUAUCUCAGCAUCAUUAGGUGAAAUUACUGUUGAUUAUUUAACGGAUGCACUGUCAAUAGGUGCAUUUCAUGCCAUGAGGAAGGGUAUUAUUACAGUGGCCGCCGCUGGGAAUAAUGGACCAAAUCUUGGCACUGUGGCGAACCAUGCACCUUGGCUAUUGACCGUGGCAGCUAGCGGCAUUGAUAGGGAAUUUAGGGACAAUGUUGAGUUUGGUAAUGGGAAGAAUAUCUCGGGGCUUGGGAUAAACACAUUUGAACCUGAGCAGAAACUAUACCCUAUUGUUAGUGGAGCUGAUGUAGCUAACAACUCUGAGAGCCAAGACAGCGCAAGGUUUUGUACGGGCGGAAUGGACCCUAACAAGGUGAAGGGAAAGCUUGUUUACUGCGAGGAACAAGUUGGAGGUUGUGAUUCUGUUGUUAAAGGACUUGGAGGGCUAGGCGUUAUUAUUCAAAGUGUGCGAUAUCCUGACAUGGCCCAGGUUUUCAUAAUGCCAGGAACAAUGGUCAAUUUCGCUGUUGGUGAGGCCAUCAAGGACUAUAUACAUUCCACCAGUUCAGCAUCAGCAGUUAUACAUAAAUCCCAGGAAAUAAAAGUCCCUGCGCCAUCUAUUGCUUCAUUUUCAUCUCGAGGACCGCAUCCACAAUCAGCACACAUCCUCAAGCCUGACAUUGCAGCACCAGGCAUUGACAUUUUGGCAUCUUUCACUCCCCUGAGAUCACUCACAGGGCAAACAGGGGACACUCGGUAUUCAAAAUUCACACUCAUGUCUGGGACUUCUAUGGCUUGUCCCCAUGUUGCUGGUGUAGCUGCUUAUGUAAAGUCAUUCCACCCAAGUUGGACACCGGCUGCAAUCAAAUCUGCCAUUCUCACCACAGCUACACCUAUGAGUGCGGGAGUUAACAGCGAAGCAGAAUUUGGCUAUGGUGCUGGUCAAGUAAAUCCAACUGGAGCUAGAAGCCCUGGCUUAGUCUAUGACAUGGACGAAAUGUCUUAUAUUCAGUUCCUAUGUCACGAAGGCUACCCUGGAUCAAAAUUGGUUGGGUUGAUUGGCUCAGAAGUAAAUUGCUCCUCAUUGCUUCGUGGACUUGGCUAUGACGCUCUUAAUUAUCCCACCAUGCAACUUAGUCUCAAUAACGACAGCCAGCCAACCAUCGGAGUUUUUCUACGGACAGUAACCAAUGUGGGUCCUUCUCCUUCCAUCUACAAUGCCACUAUUACGGCUCCUGAUGGGGUGGAAAUCACAGUAACACCCACGAGUCUCUCCUUCUCUUCUGCCUUGCAAAAGAUGAGUUUCAAGGUCGUGAUUAAGGGAACACCUACGACAAUCGGACUAAUAGCGUCUUGUUCACUUGUAUGGCAAAGCGAUAGUCACACUGUAAGAAGCCCGAUUGUCGUGUUCAGGCCGCAGGCCUAAACAUUAAAAGAAAUUUUGCAGUAGGAUUAUUACAUGUACAACGGUUAUAGUCCCCCGCCAACUUACUAUGUCGAAUGACUGUAAUAUAAUUGUCGUACGUAUAAAGGU